GGAAGUUCCUAGGCCAGCCUGUCACGUGGGAGGGAGGCUCGGAGCUCAGGAAGCAUGGCACUCUGGCGGGCAUACCAGCGGGCCCUGGCUGCUCACCCGUGGAAAGUACAGGUCCUGACAGCUGAAUGAAGCCCUGGGGUUCAGAGUACCAGAGCCUCAGUGGAGGUCAGCAGAUGUCCCUCCCUCCUUGGAAUGGCAGCCCAUCCCAGGAGAUGUCCUGACAACACCUGUGUACCCUGCAUAGGGUCCCUGAUGGGCCUGGGUGACAUUAUCUCACAGCAGCUGGUGGAGAGGCGGGGUCUGCAGGAACACCAGAGAGGCCGGACUCUGACCAUGGUGUCCCUGGGCUGUGGCUUUGUGGGCCCUGUGGUAGGAGGCUGGUACAAGGUUUUGGAUCGGUUCAUCCCUGGCACCACCAAAGUGGAUGCACUGAAGAAGAUGUUGUUGGAUCAGGGGGGCUUUGCCCCGUGUUUUCUAGGCUGCUUUCUCCCACUGGUAGGGGCACUUAAUGGACUGCCAGCCCAGGACAACUGGGCCAAACUACAGCGGGAUUAUCCUGAUGCCCUUAUCACCAACUACUAUCUAUGGCCUGCUGUGCAGUUAGCCAACUUCUACCUGGUCCCCCUUCAUUACAGGUUGGCCGUUGUCCAAUGUGUUGCUGUUAUCUGGAACUCCUACCUGUCCUGGAAGGCACAUCGGCUCUAAGCCUGCCUCACUCCAUUGUUUCCACCUUGCAGUGAUGCAGCUUGACCCUGGAACGGUCAGACAACCUCCUCAAAGUGGGCAUACCAGUUUCCACGGGGUUGGGUUGCCGGUCAGAGCUUAAGAGGACUAGCACCCUGCAAUGCCCCUCUUCACUCUAAAAUGUACACUGACUGCUUUAGAGCCCUUGAUAAUAGUCUUAUUCCCACCACAUACUAGGCACUCCAUAAAUAUCUGUUGAACCUUCAUGACCUUAUCAACUUUACACCCAUAUCCCAGCAAAUGCCACUCAUCCCCACUCUUCAUAGACACAUUUGUUACUCUAACCCUGCCUAGGCUUCUUGUAGCUCCAGCUCUUUAGAGAGUCCCGGAACCCUUUAUAUGGUGCCUCAGUAAAUAUGUUAUUAAAUAUGUAAUCCGGAA